CCCGCCUCUGCAAGAUGGCGGCGGCCAUGGCGAUCGGCUUGCGGUCGCAGGCGGCGGGAUCCGAAUGAAGCGCCGGUGCGGCUGUUAAGCGCCCGGGUUCGGAGCUCGGUCGGUGGUUGCUGCCGGACAAGACGGCUUGUGGGCUGGCGCUGAGUCUCGGGCUCAGUCUUUCCACGAUGCCCGGAUCCCUUCCCGUGACUGCCGAGGCCCGCUGGCCCAAGGAUGUGGGCAUCAUUGCCAUGGAGAUCUACUUCCCGGCACAGUUUGUAGAGCAGACCGAGCUGGAGAAGUUCGAUGGGGUGGACGCCGGCAAGUACACAGUAGGCCUGGGGCAGUCGCGCAUGGGCUUCUGCUCGGACCGCGAGGACAUCAACUCCCUCUGCCUGACGGUGGUGCAGCGCCUGCUGGAGCGGAACAACCUGCCCUACGAGAGCAUCGGGCGGCUGGAGGUGGGCACCGAGACUAUCAUCGACAAGUCCAAGUCCGUCAAGACUGUGCUGAUGCAGCUGUUCGAAGAGUCCGGCAACACCGAUAUCGAGGGCAUCGACACCACCAAUGCCUGCUAUGGGGGCACAGCUGCACUCUUCAACUCUGUCAACUGGGUGGAGUCCAGCUCUUGGGACGGGCGCUACGCAUUGGUCGUUGCUGGUGACAUUGCUGUCUACGCUACCGGGAGUGCACGCCCCACAGGAGGGGCGGGUGCCGUUGCAAUGCUGGUCGGACCUGACGCACCCCUGGGAUUAGAGCGAGGGCUGCGCGGGACACACAUGCAGCACGUGUACGACUUCUACAAGCCCGACAUGGUGUCGGAGUACCCUGUGGUGGACGGCAAGCUCUCCAUUCAGUGCUACCUCAGUGCGCUUGAUCACUGCUACAGGUUCUACUGCAACAAGUACCAGGCACAGAAGCAGAAAGAGGGUAGUGAUGCCCGGUUCACUCUGCAGGACUUCGACUACAUAGUGUUCCACACCCCCUACUGCAAACUGGUCCAGAAAUCAGUGGCCCGCCUGCUCCUCAAUGACUUCCUCCGUGACUCAAAGCCCAACACUGAGAGUGGCAUCUUCAGUGGCCUAGAGGCCUUCAGGGACGUGAAGCUGGAGGACACGUACUUCGACAGGGACGUGGAAAAGGCCUUUCUGAAGGCCAGCGCCGAGAUCUUCAAACAGAAGACGCAGCCCUCGCUAAUGGUCUCCAACCAGAACGGCAACAUGUACACACCCUCCGUCUACGGCUGCCUGUCCGCCAUCCUGGCGCAGCGUUCGGCAAAGCAGCUGGCAGGGCAGAGGAUCGGACUGUUCUCCUAUGGAUCGGGAAUGGCUGCCACCCUCUAUUCCCUGCGCGUGACUCAGGACGCGGCUCCUGGCUCGGCUCUGGACAGGCUGGUGGGCAGCCUGUCGGACCUGCAGGCCCGACUCGAUUCGCGCAAGAAGAUUGCACCAGAGGUCUUUGCCACCAGCAUGAAGCUGAGAGAGGACACUCACCACCUGGCCGGACAGCAGCCCCAGGGUGCAGUGGAGGACCUGUUUCCCGGCACCUGGUACCUGACCCACGUGGACGAGAAGCAUCGGAGGGACUACGCACGUCGCCCCUUCCUGGAGAACGGGAGCCUCGAGGCACCAGUCGGCACGGACCACAGCAACCCUGCCACCGCGGAGUCUGCACCCAGUCCAGCGAAAAAAUUGCCCAGGAUCCCAGCAACGGGCACCCAGCCCGGCACCGCGAGUGUCACCAAUGGAGACCACUGACUGACCACCUCCCCUCUCGGAUGGGAUAGGUGGGGAGAGAGGGAGAAUGCGCCCCAUUGAGACCGGAGAUCGAUCCCUCCAGAAGCAAGGUCACUGGGUCACGGCCGGAAUCCAGGGAAGGAUUGCAUGGGAAUUCUGUAGGCCAGUCGCCUCGCUGUACAGUUGGUGUGUGUACCCCCUGCCCCCAAUGCCUAUCUGCUGUUACAUUUUAAUUGCAAUCAGAUGCUGUAAUUAUUUGAAAUUCUGUUUGUUGCCUGGUGCUGGGGUGCCCCCUCGUGCCCCCACCUGUUUAUAUGCUCUGUAAUUUAGCUGUUGGAUAUUCUAGCUGAAAGUUCAGUACGCACAGUGAGUUGGCACCAGCGCCAAUGACGUGCAAUGCUGUUCCGCCGUCCCCCCCCCCCCCCCCACCCCCAGCUGCUGUUUGUGACUAUUGAGCUGUUGGGAUUUAAUUUAAUCCACUGUGUAAAAAGAAACGUUAAUUAAACUACAUCCAAAACACAAAAUGUGUUAACAAAUUUAGGAUCCAUUGUAAAGUUCUUUUUAAAUAAAAAUAUAUGCAAACA